GUUUGGUCUUACUGCGCCAAAUAUCACAUUAAUAGCUGUUGUGAGCAUCUGCCCCAGGUGCUGCUCUACCUCACGCAGGCCUCGGCCAGCUUGCCCCUGCCAGCCCCUCGAGGUACAACAUAACCCCCGUCGCCCGCCGAGAGCUUCCAGCUAUUGCGCCUCACAGCCAUCCAUCGUCAUCCGCACAGCACCGAAACACACACACGCCCGCGAAGAAGGUGCGCCGCACCGUCGAACGUCACAAUGGUGUUCCUUGGCAUAUAUCGCGCCCUGUACGACUAUGUGCCCCAGAGUGACAACGAGAUUGCGCUCACGGAGGGCGACAUGCUGAUGGUCCUGGAGAAGUCGGCUGACGACGACUGGUGGAAGGCCAAGAAGAAGGGCCACAAUGAAGAGGAGGAAGAGCCAGAGGGUCUGAUCCCAAAUAACUAUAUUGAGGAGGCCGGCCCCGUCUCGCAAGCCAAAGCUCUCUACGACUAUGUGCGCCAAACGGACGAAGAGCUGUCGUUCCAGGAGGACGCCGUGCUCGACGUGUACGACAUCUCAGAUCCAGACUGGUCCCUCGUGGGCUUUGGCGGAGACUACGGGUUCGCUCCAGCCAACUACAUUGAGCUAAUCAAGAGUGGAGUGUCGCCAGUAGCGGCAGCGGCAGCAGCAGCAGGCACAUCGCCCGGGCUGCCUCCACGCCGUCCUGCAGCUCCCGAAUCAGACGACGAGCAGGACCCUCCAACACCAGACAGCCCUCCCCACCAGAGUCCUGCGACUGCUCUCGCCAGCAUCAUCCAGAAGAAGUCUGAGCAGCAGACAGCCACACGCUCGACAAUCUCUCCGCCGCCAAAUGUGGCCGCCGCGCCUCGAAAGCGAGUCCAGUUCACUCCGGAAGAGUCCGACGAAGAAGUAGCGCCGCCGCCUCGCCUACCCAACCGACCUCCCUCGCAGUCGUUCUCGCCCGAGCCUCAAUACACUUCUGCGCGCUCGCCCUCGCCUGCUCAAGUCAGGCCGCCACCAACUCGAAGCGUUACGUUUGACGCGUACGACCCUCCACCGCGCGACAACGGGCCUGGCACACCUCUCUCAGGCUCUGGAUACCACCUGUACAACAUCUACGAGUACCUGACUCAGCCCGGCAAGAACAAGAAAAUGCCUGUAACGUUGGGUAUCAAUAUCCCUCGGGGCAUGAUCAUGAUUGCGCCUGAAAAAGCGCGAGAUGGAGCGCAGGAAGAAUGGUCAGCAGACAAGAUGGAGUACUACUCUCAGGAGGGGAAACACAUCUUCAUGGAGCUGAAGCAGCCCAGCAAGAGCGUAGAUUUCCACUGUGGAGCCAAGGACACCGCAACAGAGAUCAUGUCAGCUCUCGGAGAGUUGGCAGGUGCUGCCAAGGGUGCUGGUUUACGUGAGGUGCUCGCUGCUGGCUCUGGGCACUCAAACGUGCAGAAGAAGGGUGUCAUGCUCUUCGACUUCAUGGCCCAGGGUGAUGACGAGGUCACAGUUGGUCUUGGUGAUGACAUCCUGAUUCUCGACGACUCCGCCAGUGAUGAAUGGUGGAAGGUCCGGCGGUUGAAGAACGGCAAGGAGGGUGUUGUUCCCGCUAAUUACGUCGAGAUUACAGAGACCGUCCCAAUUUCGACUCCCGCAGGUGUUGCUCGACCCGCAACGAACGCCGGCCGAUCGACUGUAGAGCAGAACAGGCGGGAAGAAGAGGAGAUGGCUCGCCAAUCUUCGAGACGAGACAGACCAAAGAAUGAUGCGCGAAGUGAUCAGAGAUCAAGCAUGCGCGAAAACUCCGCCAGAGACCCGAAAUCGUCGUCCUCUAAGUCAUCGUCGUCGAAAUCCUCCUCCAAGCCGAACUCUGCAAAGGUGCGCACAUGGACUGAUCGAAGCGGCUCGUUCAAAGUCGAAGCCGAGUUCAUUCUGCUCAAAGAAGGCAAGAUCCACCUGCACAAAAUCAAUGGCGUCAAGAUUGCCGUGCCCGUUACAAAGAUGUCUGUCGAGGACUUAGAGUAUAUCGAGAACGUCACAGGCGAGUCUUUGGAUGACGACAAGCCACUUUCCGAGAUCAAGAGGAGGAGCACAGUCCGCGCGAAUGACCGAGCUGCUGCUUCGUCUCCUGGAAUCUCGGUUCAGAAGAAGUCCAGCUAUGACUGGUUUGACUUCUUUCUGAAGUGUGGUGUCAAUCCUCAGAUCUGCGAGCGCUACGCACAGGCCUUUGAAAAGGACCAAAUGGGUGAGGAGAAUUUGCCCGAUAUCACCCCUGCGCUGCUGCGCACAUUGGGUCUAAAGGAAGGUGACAUCCUCCGUGUCACAAAACACCUUGAUAGCCAAUACAGUCGCAGUGCUGGUGAGGCUGGCGCAGAGGGUGGUUCUGGAGGCUUGUUUUCGGGUCCGGGCGGCACAUUGCGAAACAACACUCGCAAAGGACGUCCUGCUCCUCCUGUCGAGACGAACAACGAGAUUGAUGCCAAGGCAUUCGAGCAGAAGUCCGAUGAUGCAGUCAAGAAGCCAGCAGACGCGACGAGGACGCCUUUGGCAUCUGCCCCUAUUCCAGAAAGGAAGUCUGAGGGUGCUAACGGUUUCGAUGACAAUGCAUGGGAUGUCAAGCCUGCCAGAUCGACCCCUGCAGCGCCAGCACCUGCAGCAUCACCACCUCCAGCUCAGACUGCUCCAUCUGCACCAAAACCACCUGCACUCACCGGCUCAAUGAACGACUUGUCUCUGUUGGACAUGCCCGCACUUAAGCCAGAAGAGUUACCCAAGGCUCCAGAGCCUACCCCUGCACCUGCACCUGCACCUGCAGCGGCACCCUCAUCCACCCCUGCUCAACAACCACAGCUCACUGGAGCCACGAUGUCUCUGUUCGAACAGGUUGCCGCCAUCAAGGCGCUUACUCAACCACAGAACAUGGCACCACCUCGCAUGCGACCGCAAGCACCUCAGCAAUCAGGUCCUGGUGGUCUUAUCGCGCCUCCGCCACAGCGGUCAUCUUCAGCACCGCAGAACCCGCAGCAGAACAGCGCUUUCGGACCCCCACCGGCUCUCAUGCCACAGCUUACCGGCUACCAAGGCAAUCCCAGUGUGCCUCACAUGGCUCCUCCUGGACAGAGCAUGAAUGACCAGCAGAACAUGAUGAACAUGCAACGAAUGCAACAACAGAUGACUGGCUUUCCUCAGCAGAACUCUGGAUUCAACAACUUCCAGCAGAACGGCCUGAUGCCCCAACCAACAGGUUUCCAGCAACAACAGAAUGGUUUCGCGUCGUUCCAACAGCCCCAGCCUACUGGCUUCCAGCAACCAAUGCAAACCGGAUUCGGUCAGCAGAGCUUCCAGCAAGGCUUCGGCAACGGCAGCCCGUUCGCAGACCCACCACGAGCGCCUUUCCAGCCCCAGCCCACUGGGUACAACGGCUACCAACCAUCGCCACUUAACCCCCAGGCUACAGGCAUUAACCAGUUCCUGCCCCCUGCGAUCCAGCCUCAGCCUACUGGCUUCGGACAAAGCCCACCUCCCAUGCCUCCAAUGCCACCGAUGCCAUCAAUGCCCACAGCGCAGCCGCUGGUACCUCAGAAGACCGGCCCGCCUCCUCCUGUUCGCUUUGGUGUUCAGGCCGCGAAGAAGCUGGCCCCACAGCCAACGGGGAAGGCCAGCCUUGCCAAUGCUACUCCCCAAAACCCAUUCGGCUUCUAGUUGUACGGUUGCUUUGUGGAAACCGCUGUUCUUUCUUGACUUGGACAUGGCUUACGGAUUGCUGGUUGUUUUGAUUGCGCACGUGCAUGUACAUACUUCGAUCUUGAUCAUGGCUUGCUUCAUGGGUGCACAGGCAUAGCUGGAUCAUACCAUAUUGUUUUCGUCAGCUAGGCAUUUGCUCUUAUUAUGUAUGCGUUUUCUGUUGUAUGGUCCGUAGAAUCGUUGUAAUUGCAGUUGGAGGUUGUUCGAGAGCAUGUGUCCCGGAGCUGAGCCUAAGAUUUGGAAGAUCAACACGAGCUGCAAGCAUAAUCGGACCUUUUUUAAUUCAAUAAUCACGAUGGGUCG